AUGGAAUCGCUCUUUCAUCAUAAUGACGUUGUCUCCGAUGCGGACCGCUACAACGCGGCCGUGUCGGCUCUGGAUUUCGAUACGGCGGAGGAGAUGUUCGACGUGCUUCAGCGCCCUCCGAGGCUUAAGAAGUACGCUAAUCUACGGAAGCACCUGUUGGCUAGAUUUGGGGACACUGUCCAUCAGCGUCUCCACAGCCUGUUCUCRRGGCUCACGAUGGGGGAUCGUACUCCGUCCCAACUUCUUCGACGGAUGCGCCACCUCGCUGGGAGUACGGUCGGCGACGACGGGCUCAGGGUCCGGUGGCUUAACCUCCUUCCCCCCCACAUCACCGAACUCCUGCGCCUCUUACGCUCAGCUGAGCUUGACGAGCUUGCGGCUACGGCGGAUAGCCUUAUGGAGAACGCCCGGCGCGACAUCUGCGUAGUUCGGCAAGCACCUCGCAGCUCGUCGCCUGGUGCGAGACCAGCUAGCGCCUCGCGCGGGUCUGCUGCACGGCUGGGCACAGUUGAGCAGAAAUUGGACGCCCUUCAUUUAAAACUGUCAGGCUUGACAACGGCAAUUAACCGGUCAAUUGACCAACUGCAAGAGAUCCUGGCUGCUUUCAGCCGAGAUGCGAUCUCUUGUUCGUCAUCGCCUCCGCGACGACUGUCGAUCGCGCCUCCUYCACCUUCAGCGGGAUCGGCAUCUUCGUCGCCGGCAGCAACAAGACCCGGGCUGUCGUCAAGACCACCGCUGACUGUAAGGGCCCUCCCUCCGUCGCACCGCUGGUGCCAUUACCAUAAACAAUACAGRGAUCGGGCGGCUAACUGCAAACCACCGUGCAGUUAUCRAGACGACACSCGCAGAAAAAACUAA